AUGCGACCCCAGGAUGCAGAGAGGAUGAGGUCAGUUGUUUCCAGCUGUGACGCGUGCCAUGAUGAUGCAACAUGCCAGGAGUCACAGGAAGGAGUCGACUCCUUCAGCAGAUUGUCAUGUGUCUGCAAAGAUGGCUUAGUGGGUGAUGGUGUCGCCUGUUACAACCCCUUCACCUGCAGCGACGGUUCAUGCUGUAGCCAAGGUUAUCAGUGGGCACCUGACAGCGGCUGUGUGGACGUUGACGAAUGCGCCCUCCCCCACCCGCCUUGCACGGCACCUUGGAUUUGCCAGAACACACCUGGCUCCUAUGAAUGCCUGACCCUCGCUUCACUCUCCAGAUCCGCCAUUUACGAUGGUGAUGUCCGUCUGGCAAAUGGAGGAAACAGCUUCUGCACCGGAAGAGUGGAAUUCUUCCACCGUGGACAGUGGGGAACAGUGUGUGACGAUAUCUGGGACCUGAAGCAUGCUCAGGUGGUGUGUAGACAGUUGGGAUGUGGCAGGGCCCUGUCGGCCCCGCAUAGUGCCCACUUUGGACCGGGCAGAGGACCCAUUUGGUUGGACAAUGUCCGAUGCACAGGCAACGAAUCGAAGCUCAGUGAGUGCCGGCACCAAGGGAUCGGAUCCCACAACUGUAACCACAAUGAGGAUGCUGGCGUGGUUUGUGAAGGUAAGAAUAAAGACCUGAUUUGUGGCUCAGACAAAAUCCAAGUGGGCCUGGAUUCAGUUUUUAUAACACACAUUGGUUAUGACCCACUCACCGGCAACCUGGCGGUCCGCAAUUGUUCCUGGGUCAGGGUGCGAGGUGAUGUCGUGUGGUACGAAACUGACACUCGGGCAGACGCCUGUGGAAACACACUGACCACCAACAGCACACAUGCCGUCUACUCCAACAGCUUAUUCCUUUAUCCAGCAAGCAACGCUUCCUUCUCUGUCCCUGUGGGUCUUCCUUUCUCAUGCGUCUAUCCCCUAAACGCAGACAGCAGACUGGACGUGGCCGUCAGACCAUUCCUGGUGACGGAAGGGGCCGUUGUCGGCUCAGGUGCCAAAGCUAGAGCCGCCAUGGUCCUGUUCCGGAACUCCGACUACACAGAUCCUUAUGGGACAGGUGCGGUGGUCCUUCCAGUGGGCUCACCAUUAUAUGUGGGGGUCUCUGUGGACAAGACAGAUCCCAGCUUGGCAGUUGUCUUGGAGGACUGCUUCGCCUCUCACUCAUCCAACCCGGAUAAUCCUGAACGAUACUCCCUCAUCCAGAACAAAUGUCCCACUGACCGCCAACAAGUGUCUGUGGUUGAGAGCGGCUCAUCCCUCCGAGCUCGUUUCUCCGCCCUGUUCUUCCUUCUUCAGGGAGAAUACCGAGAUGUUUACCUCCACUGCGGCCUCAGCCUGUGUGACCGCAGGAGGUACUCUUGCAUUCCGUCCUGCUCAAGGAGAGCACAACGCUCCGUGUCAAAGUCUACUCCAAUCACGCCACUCACCGUCGGACCAAUCACUUGGAAAGAAGCCAUCUGAGCGACAUCUGUGACGUUGGACUUUCUUUUCAAAGUCUUUUUUAAGUGAUGAGAAAAUAUGAAAAGAAAGUGUAAGCUUGAAUGGAUAAAAUCACUGGAUGGAUUUUCACUUUUUCUACCUUUGUAAUGAUCUGUG